UUGUAUCUCUAUGUAUGUCAUGUUUUUUUCUCGAUUUUCAUUUAUUUGUGUUUAUUUUUCAAUGUUGUCACUUUUUUGUUAAUUUCUAGUUAAUUUAUUAAUUUAUUUUUUUCUCAACAAUUACAUCAUGAUAACUGGUAAACCAAGUAUCUCACAAUUAAAGCUAGUCUACACGACAUUGAGUGAAUAUUUGCCUAAUUUUUUCAGAGGUCCUCAUUGUUUUGAAAUUUACGCAGAAGAUGUUGUUUUGGAGGACAACAUUAGAAACAUUAAGACUGUUGGUUUACCUGUUUAUAAGCAGAAUAUUAGUCUCGUUAAAUUUUAUUCCCAUCUUAAAUACCGACAUGUUGAUUUGAAUGUUCUUAAGAUGACUGAACAUAUUGAAGAAAGCUGUGUCAAAGUUCGAUGGAGAGUUGUUGGCUCACCUAAUUGGACUAUUUUGCUUAAUUAUUUGUCCUCGCUACCUUCAGUGAAAGGUAAAAACCUUGCUGAUAAUGAUGUAGAAGUGUGGGUUGAUGGUUUCUCAAUUUUUUAUGUUAAUAAAGAUGGAAAAAUCUGUAGGCAUAUAUGUGAUAAGUUGAUUCCUGAUGAUAAUUAUGAAGAUAAUGGAGGACCGAAACGUUUAUUUCCUAACUUGACUGGCAAACUUACAACAUUUUCGACUCCUAAUAGACCUAGAUCCCUAACUCUUUGUUGUUGACCUUGUUAAAUUAGCUUAAAUUAUUCUUCUGUACAUUUAAGAUUGAAAACUUUCAAAAAAUAUUUUGAUUGUGACUAAUAACUUAACUAUUAUUAAUAUUUAACCUAUAGUCUAGAUCGAUUAGUUGAAGUUUGUCAAUUGCAAUAUCUUCAUACCCAUAUAAUGAAACCAUGAUUUAUUUUCCAAUCUGUUUGGAAGCGAAAAUCCGAAAAUAAAUAUUUAACUGAUAAAGUUCAUCUUCAUUCAGUUUGAAAUAUGUUUAAAACUAUUGACAUUUAUUUGAAAUUCAAUAGCUUGAAACAAGCCAUUUUCGGAAUGGUCAAUAGUACGCAAUAAAAAUUCGCAAUUUAAAUAUAA